CUCGGUACUUCCGUGUCAGUUCGGGUCAACUAUGACAAGAUGGAGUUUAAUUUACAGCUAGUCUGCGACAGGAAUGGUUGAGAAGGAUAGACAUGGCAAGUAACCAGGAGUGGCCACCAGGUGGCGAUCAGCAGCAGCAUGGAGACUCUGAGACUGUUUACGCGUCUGUCCCUAUCGAGGUGAGAAGACCAAGGAUGGAAUCCUCUGAUGAUGAGACUGACCUUUACGUGGAUGCAUUUUCCACUGUCCAAGCUGACACGCUAAAGCGCCAGGGUCAAGGUCAAGGUCAAAAUGGAGAUUCAGGUAUGGAUUUUCAGACUAGUAGUAAUGGGUUGUUAGGUGGGGCUGCUCCAGUGUAUGAUGUAGUUAAGGCCCCCAUGUCACUGUACGAUAUCUCUAAACCUAUGGCAGACAUGUGGCAACCACCUCAACUGUCAAAAGAUAAUAUUUCAAGGUCAUCUACUGGUCAGUUCGAACCUCCCACUGUACAGUCACAGGAUGGUGGCAUUGUGUAUGACCUUGCCUCACAUUCUGACUUUCCUGUGUAUGAAUUGGCUAAAAAUGUCGCCAGAUCUCCCGUUGACGAGGAACCAGAACAGCCACUUCCUGAGCUGAAGAUCGUAGAGGAGGAAAUUGGAGCACAAGAUGAUAAUUUCUAUGAGGCUGUUUGUGGAGAUGAUGAUGUAGAACCUAAUGAACAAGGAACCGAAUCAAACUGUUCAUUCAAAGAUGAUGAGGCAAAAUAUACAGUUGAAAAAGAAGACAAAAAAUGUGCUGUGGAUGACAAUGAAUUGACAUGUUCACAUGAUGAUAAAGCAGAGGCACCAUCUGUGGUAGAGGAGAAUCUGAACCAGGCGCCGCAAGUGGAGCCUGUAAAGCUUCUAAGUGAGGCAGAUUACAAAAAGGACGACAAAUUUAUCUAUGAUUUGGCAGGACCUGUUGUUGACAAUGUCAACAAUACUGGAGCAGAAGACAGGGCUCCAGAAUCCGCGGUUGAUCAGGAAAUACCGCCGAAACCUCUAUGUAGGAAAGAAAGCUACCAAGGGAAAUCUUCCACAGGAGCCAGCGGAGUUUACGACGAGAUCGUUCUACCAGACACGCUCUCACAACAAGAGAAAACCUCGCGUAAACCCAAAGUUAAAAAGAGGCAAUCUUCACGAGGGAAGUCACAGAAGGGAGGUAAUAAAUGGGAUACACUCAAGAGAGGGACUGCACCGAGUCAGAAGGUGCCAGGAUGGCCCCCAGAAUCGCAUGACGGCACUUUGUACACUGAUGUCUAUUAUCCAGGAGAUUAUGAGGACUGUGCACUCUCUCUGGAUGGUGGGUCGACUGACAGCGAAUUUGACACAAUAUCAGACCAGGAAGAGGCGGAACUGGCCGAGAUUGAUGAAUAUCCAAAUAAACCCCUCCCCAAACCUCCUCCCAAAAAUAAAGGAGGACUUUUGGAACGGAUGAAAAUUAACAGAAAUGUGAGCAAGAAAGCUGAAAAAUCUUCACAAGAAGAGAUGAGCCCAUGUUUACCAGUGAAACUGGACACCAAACGACAUCCCCCUCCAGAAAUGCCUGCCCCUCCUACAGACCUCACACAGAUACAGAUGAAGAAGAGGAAGGUAAUCGAGAGUAUCAUCGGCAGUGAGAAAUCCUACAUAGAUUCUCUGGACAGAGUGGUCAAUGUAUAUAAGAAGCCACUACUGUACUCGUACGGGUUGGAGGCGAAGGAGUCGAAAGUGAAGGAUGUAUUUAAUAAGACACAAGAGAUCCUUAACUAUCAUCUGAUGUUCCAACUGGAACUUGCUGAAUGUGUCAAAAACUGGGAUGAGACGGAGAAGAUUGGAGAUAUCUUCACUGCUUCUUUUUCCAGGGCCAUGGUUGUGGACGUGUACAGUGACUAUGUCAACAAGUUCUCCACAGCGAUGGAGGAGAUCAAACGUGCUCAAAAUGCUCAGCCUGGACUCCGCAAGUUCUUACAGGAACAAGAACAAACAACAUCUGACCGUCUGUCCAUAUUUGGUCUGAUGGUGAAGCCCGUCCAGCGAUUCCCCCAGUUCAUCAUGUUCAUGCAGGAUCUACUGAAAUACACACCGCCAAAUCACCAUGACCGUUGUGCCCUCCAGAGGGCGCUCACUGAACUAGAGAAUGUUGCACACCGCCUCAACGAGAGCAAACGUGAGAGCGAACAGUAUCUGGAAGCGAAGCGCCUGCUCAAAAAGCUUGGCAAGACAUUUCCUGAACGCUCACAGAAGCUCCUUCGUCAGGACAACUUUGAACAGAUGACCAAGGCCUAUGGAGAGAUUGUGAUGAAGAAGCGACGUCUCAUCCUAAUGGACGAUUGUCUAAUUGUGAUUGGUGUAAUCUACAGAGACAAUGAAGACCGUCCAAAGACAGAACAACUUAAGGUGAAGAGCUGCUGUGCACUGGUAAACCUGGAGCUGAAGGAUAGUUCUAUUUCUCCCGACAUGCAGAGUAGUAUCCUCAGUACGAGUCGACGCACCUCAAUACAGACGAAGGCUCCGUUAAAGCCGGAGGAUGACCCUUUCCACCUAUAUAAUGACCUUAGCAACAUGAUGCAUGACCUUUCUGUCCUUGGUAAGAUAGGGGCCCUUGUAUCAUCCCUACAGAAUACCUACGAGGGUUUGGGUGAAGAUCUGGUGAUCGAGGUGACACGGGACCUUCAACAGAUGAUUCAAGUCAAGGACCAACAAUUACAGCUACUGAAUAGCUGUACAAUAAACAUCCAUGAUACUUUCAAGAAUAUGCGGUACACGUUCCAGACAUCGACCCCAGAGAUGAAACAGGAAUGGUGUAAAGAGUUCCUCAUGGCCAAGUUUGCUCUCGAGCCCCAGAAUAACCCUGGCUGGGUAAAGGCAGAGGAUACUAACUCAUUACAGCCGGCCGUCUUUAUGAAGUCUGUCUGUGUGGACUUGCCUCGUAACUACACCAAGAUGAAGUGUGCCGUACCCGUUUUCCUGUCCGCCCCUGGUACAAUUGACAUAGGUAUUCAGCAUUUGUGGGUUGUCAUGACAACGGAGAAAAGAUCUCAUGUGGCUCUGGUGUCCACCCAAUCAACAAAGCCUGCCUUGGUGGAAUCCUUCCAGGCCAUGGACGUGGAGGCGGUCGCCGUGGAGAUGGUCCAGGGUUAUGCUACAGUAGACACUGAGAACGCAUUUGUGGAGGACACAGUAUGGAUGUCCACAAUCUCCUCGGAAAUCAUGGUGUUCCGUCUGUUUAAUGAAGCGGGUCGGAGAGACCUAUCAACCACGGCCAGGAAACCAGCCACACAUUUCUACUGUCACGGCAUUGCUUUGGUGAUCCGGGCCAUGGAUGACCGAGUAUUCGCUGGGUGUAAUAACGGAAACUUAGUCAUCUAUGACCGAGAUGCUGAAGGGAGAUGGAACUUCCGUUCUCCUACUAUAACGGUGAUAGACAGUGUUCCAAUCCGUAGCAUCCUUGUGAUGGAGGAGGAAGUGUGGCUGUCAUGUCGGGAUUAUGUCUACAUUAUCCAGUACGAGGAGAACAAUUACAGUGAGAAAGUGAGAAUGAGCUCCAAUGAAGGAGGAUCGGAGAUCAGUGAAAUGGUCCGAUCCGGAGUGGGAUUGUGGGUAUCUUACAAAGACCAGUCAAGAGUCUGUCUCUUUCACAUCGAAACCAAGGAAAAUCUCCAGGAGGUGAACGUGAAAGGUGCUGUGGAGAGGAUGGUGUCAGGUUGUCCCACCUAUGCUAAGGAGAAGUUGACGGACACCUGUAUGGUAACGAGUCUGAUGGCAAGCCGUGGUUACCUGUGGAUCGGGACAAAUGUAGGAAUCAUUCUGACAGUGUCUCUGCCCCGUCUGAAGGACGGAGUGCCUCGCUACUGGGACAAACCUUGGGUCUCCUGUCACGCCCACAACGGCCCUGUGAAACUGCUUAUCCCUGUCUACUGUGAUACUGUCAAUCUCUGGCAGUUUGUUGACGGUGCCAAUCAUAUGACAGGAAAUGAUUCUGGUGACAAUAGUGACGUCACUAGUGAAAGAAGGAAAUCUAGUUUAUCUACAGAGCCCGAGGGUUCCGCUCACAAGGACAGUUUAGGAGUUCAAGUUCUACCUAAUGAGAAAGAAGUACUUUUACCACAAAAUGUCUCCCACAGGACCCUGCGCGGAGACGACACUGACAAUUCAUCCACUAAAUCUCUGGGGCGAUAUAUGAGACACCCGCAGAGUUCUCUACCAUUCAGGAAAGAGCUACUGGAGACAGUCAAAAAGAAACGUAUGGGUACAGUUAGGAACUCUAACCUUCUAGACAAGGUCGCCCCCGAGGAUGAGGUCAGUUUGUACUACAGUGACCUUUUGACCUUUGAUGAGGGGUCAGAUUCCAGUAAGAGUUCUGACCUAUCUGAUAACAUUAGUAUAAAGGAAUCGCCUGGUAAGUCAGGUGAUGUGGGGGCUGUGAUUGAUGAGAGUAAAAGUCAAAAUGAUUUAAACGUACAAAAAAUCCACAAGGAGUUAAAACCUAAAAAGUCAUUUAGUUUACGAAAAACUCUAUCAAAAGCCAAAUCACCAAAUGUGAGAACCUCACUAUCGCUCAAACUUCCACCAGGGGACCACAAUGGGCCGAGAAUGAAGGCCAUUAGUACGCUGUCUAAACGAAACUGUAAUGCUGUGAUUGUGAUAAGCGGAGGAGAUGGAUAUCUGGACUGGAAACGACCGCCGGUCGAUCAUCAAAAGGAAUAUCUCCGCAACGAUGAAUCUUCUCUGAUGAUGUGGAUGUACAAAUUCUAGAGAAUGACAUGUACUCCGUGUAUUUCUGUAAAGGGACCUGUUGUCAAUGUCACUACACUAAUAACAUAUUGUAGUGUACAGUUUCAUUGUUGUGGUUAUUGACCAAUGGGAGGAGGUGUAUAGGAGUAUCGAGGGGAAGAUCGAAUAGAAGUAUCGAGGGGAAGAUUGAAUAGAAGUAUCGAGGGGAAGAUGGAAUAGAAGUAUCGAGGGGAAGAUUGAAUAGAAGUAUCGAGGGGAAGAUUGAAUAGAAGUAUCGAGGGGAAGAUUGCAUAGAAGUAUCGAGGGGAAGAUUGAAUAGAAGUAUCGAGGGGAAGAUUGAAUAGAAGUAUCGAGGGGAAGAUGGAAUAGAAGUAUCGAGGGGAAGAUUGAAUAGAAGUAUCGAGGGGAAGAUUGAAUAGAAGUAUCGAGGGGAAGAUGGAAUAGAAGUAUCGAGGGGAAGAUUGAAUAGAAGUAUCGAGGGGAAGAUGGAAUAGAAGUAUCGAGGGGAAGAUUGAAUAGAAGUAUCGAGGGGAAGAUUGAAUAGAAGUAUCGAGGGGAAGAUUGAAUAGAAGUAUCGAGGGAAAAUUGAAUAGAAGUAUCGAGGGGAAAAUUGAAUAGAAGUAUCAAGGGGAAGAUCAAAUAGAAGUAUCGAGGGGAAGAUUGAAUAGAAGUAUCGAGGGGAAGAUUGCAUAGAAUUAUCGAGGGGAAGAUUGCAUAGAAUUAUCGAGGGGAAGAUUGCAUAGAAUUAUCAGUUAUCGAGGGGAAGAUAGAUAUUACGAAUGAUAGGGCUAUUGGGAAUUAAUGAUUCGGUAUCAAAAAUUAAAAAAAAAAAAAGAAAAACCAGUUCUUUCUAGUCAAGCUGCAGUCACUUAGAGGGUAGGGUUAUAAAAUAAGUUACAUUCAGAUGUUAGGGUGAUAAAAUACUUUACAGGCACUCAGCUGUUGAUUGGCUGAAAGUAAGUGUUGAGGUUAAUUAGACAUGACCCUUUACCACCCUCAGAUAGAUCUGUGUUUUAAUCAGAUUGAGAAUGUACUGUAGUAUACAUGUAGAAGGUCCUGUGUGUUACUCCCGAGAUACACGUCAUCACAGGGUCCUGACAUUAGCCCUGUAAAGAGAUUUUUGUUAUUCAGUCAUUCUGGUACUAGAAUAUUGUGACUGUUAUAUAGAUGUUACUGGUUGUUGUAAAUCCCAUGUUGUAAAUCCAAUAUAUAUACUGUGUUUCCAUGGUGACACAGGAUGUUGUUGUACAAUGUAUAUCUCCAUGGUGACACAGGAUGUUUUGUACAAUGUAUAUCUCCAUGGUGACACAAUGAUGCAUAUCCCUAUAGAUACAACCUGUGUGUGUUUCCAUGGUGACACAUGAUGUUGUUAUACAGUGUAUAUCUCCAUGGUGACACAGGAUGUUGUUAUACAGUGUAUAUCCCUGUAUAUAUAAUCUUUGUAUGUUUCUAUGGUAACAUCAGAUGUUGUUAUAUCUCUAUGUUGUUGUCUUCUGUUGCUAAGUAUUACAGUUAGUUGUUAUGUAAUACUGUAUUGUUGUCAUGGUUACUGCUUCACCUUAUCACUUGUUCCACAGAUUUAAAUAAUUAUAUUUUAAAUAUGUUUCUGUAUUCUUUUUCAAUUGUGAUAUAGAUAUUUAUAUUAUUCCAUCACCAAUGCAUUCAUUCAAAAUCCAAUAUUUGUACUAUUAUAUAACCAGCUGCUUUGAGAUAUUCAAUGUACAUGUAGUACUUAACGAUAUUGUGUAAUUAUAUUAAAUAAGGAUAUUGUGUAAUUAUAAUGUUAUAUGAGAGAAAGAAUGUUUCAAAAAUUAAAUGGCAACUAAGUGAUUACUUAGGCUUAUAAAGUCUUAGCUAGAUAGGUAGACAUUGUACAGUGGUAUGUUUA